AUGAAUUCAUAUUUAGAUGAAUUAAAGAAAAAAGAGAUCAUUGUUAAAUAAAUCAAUUCACUCAUUCAAUAAUUGUAAUAACAUCAAAUAACCAAAUCUCUUGUACCAUAAAGUCAUUAAGAAAUAGCUGAAUUUAUGGUACUUAAUAGACUUAGAAAUAUUGAUACUUAUAUUAGACUAUGUGAAAUGACAGGAAAGUGUUUAGGUUAAGCAAAAUCAGAAAUUAAUGAAAGUGAUAAAUAAUUAAAUGAUUAGUUUCACAUACAACUAUUGUAAUUUGAACUAUAAAGAAAAACAGAUGAAAAAAAGAGCUUUCGUAAAAAUCAUUAAAAAAUGCCUAUCAUUCAUAUUAAUACUCCUAGUACUGAAUAAGACUCUUGUAGUUUAUAUAAUAAAAAAUUAAAAAAAAAAGAUAAACAUUUGAAAUUAAAAAAAGUAAUGGAUGAAAUAUAAUCGAAAUAAUCCAUCAAAUAAAAACUUAAAAUAGAAGAAUAUUUUUAAAAUAAAAAAGUUAAGAAACUAUUAUAAAUAGAGGGAUGGAAGAUUAUUGACCAAUCACCACUUCAUCAUAAUAUUUCUGAACAAUUAAUUAUGGAAUCCUUACAUCAUUAUUAUACCUUUUGCAAAUCAAUCCUUGAAGAAUUUAUGGAUUCUAUUACAAUUAAAUCAUGA